AGGGCAUUCCAUUUCAUUGCAUUGCAGAAGAAGAAAUGAAGGUGGCCCCAAAAGUAAUACUGCUCUUCAGAGAUCCAACGGGCUUCGGCAUCGCCAUCUUCGAAGCUCUUCAACCAAACCCUAAAUCCAACCUUCAAAAACGGCAAGAAUCGCUCGAUUUAUCCUUGCAACGUUACGGAAUCAAAGAUCAAAAGGUUACGGUUGAAGUCGUUCAUUUUCUCAAUGGAGCAAAUCUCGAGGUGUCUCUGUUACUACUGGAAAACUAUGAGCCUCCAACACUUGCUUGUGCUCUCAAUGAAGUUCUGGCAUUGUUAGUAGGAGAUGGGUUGUCAAAUAUGCCCACAAUUAUAGCCCCUUUUGUUGUGGCUGCAUCUAAGCUUAAGAUGGAAAAUAGAACUUCUGUUUCAGUUGACAAUAUAUCAGUUUAUGGGUUGCAAGUAGGUGCCUCUAGUGACCUUACUAAAGCUUUGUGCACAAAUUUGCAAAUCCCUCCCCCAUCGUUGCAGCUUUUUAACGAACAGUUGGCCUGCUUACUUCAAUUGGUUCAAGUCCUGAAGAUGCCUACUUUUGUUAUAAUUGGCAAAAAAGGUCAAAAUUUGCAUCGUAAGACUUCAGAAGAAGAACAUGAGGUGAUACAUGAGAUAGGACAGCAUUUGGCUAGCCUCUCAUCUCUUAGUUUCUCAGGAGAAAAGAUAGCCUGGGAUGCAACAAAGUCUUCAAAAGAAACACAAGAGCCUUGGCGUGCAUUAUAUGGUUGAAUCUCUAACAUGGCGUGUUAUUGAUUUCAGUAUACUCCUAGGCUAAGAGUCCCAGCAGAUCUGUGGGCAAGCACAAUUGAGCGUGGUGUAUGAACCCAGAGAGGCCAAUAUUUCCUUGAGGCAGAUGAAGUUGAUUGCAUUCACUUUGUAGUUUCGAAGCAAAAUGUAAAGCUUCUUUGUUCCGAGAUCUACUGCUAAUAUUCCAUUCUCCAUUUUCUUUCUUGUAUCCCAUGGCAUGUGUUGCAUAACCAGUAAAUCCUCAAUAUUUUUUUAUAUUAGUUAAUUAUAAACCAUAGAAUUCUUAAAA